ACGGGUACAACAGGUCGAGUCUUCCGACCGAACCGGCGUCGGGUCGCUCGUGCAAACACGUGGAUGCAGACGCGGAGGCGCGAUACCUAGCAUAAUUACAGGAUGUUGCACUCUCUGAUUUGCCUCACCACCUCCCCACCGCCUCCUCAAUAUAGGGCUAGAUGCUGAGCGGUCUGCUGAAUUAUGUCAAGGAGCGCAAGGCUGGUCUGCAGAGAUCCGUAGGCUAUGUAGGCGGGGCGUACUUGCUCGGGCAAUAUGUCCUAGGACGACUGGAGGAUGUCCGUACGACAGUCAUGCAGGACAGGUUCGCGCGAGACAAUCUGCGCCGGAGGUUUGAGCAGAACCAACAGGACAUUUCUUUCACCGUCAUGGCGCUCCUACCAACACUCGGAAGACAUAUCCUGGAGGGAAUGGACGUCGAGGGAGUGACUUGCGAGCUGCAGUCUCACUCCAGACCAAAACCCACAACAGAGCCACAGACCCCUGCGUCGGAGUCCAGUCUAACGAGUAGCAUGGAACUGGUUUCCAGACCACAACAUCCAGACCACUCCGAGAAUAGCUCUUUCUCAAUGCUGCAGUCAGUGCAAGAAAAUGGAGUUGCGACGCCGACGGACCUGUCCGCGUCGUCCGCGAGCUGGGUGGACCAGUUCUCGUCCAUGCAGUCGUCUCAGGUGGCGAAUGGCUCUGCUCAGGCACCCUCUCCGGACACUGCAAGUCUACAGAUGCCUCAGAUGGGUGCAGAUCUGAGCUUGACCGAUUCCGUUGGAUCGACAUCGACGAGCUCUUCGUCGAGCGUGGCGCCGGAACCUUCUCCGCCAGAGAACGGCUCUGCGCAUGUCACCGAUACCCCUGCAAAGAGCAAGGCAGAAUUGUGGAAAGAAGUCAAGAUUCUCACAUUUACACGGACGUUGACUAUCAUCUACUCAAUGACCCUACUGACCCUCUUCACGCACAUACAACUCAGCAUCUUGGGUCGUUCCAAGUACAUCCACUCCGUUAUUCAGGCGGAACAGGAAGAACGUCUGCGCGAGCAGAUGAUGGACGCCUCCAUCUUCUCUCUACUCUGGAACGCCGACGAUUCGGAAGAGGCAGGGACCAGUGGUGCGGAAGUAAUAAGCGAGGAGACGGAGCGGAAGUACCUCACCUUGAGCUGGUGGAUCCUCCACGUGGGAUGGAAGGACGUCGGCGAGAGAGUGCGGCGGGGUGUGGAGGAGGUCUUUGAAGGCGUAUCACUGAAGACCAAAUUCACCGUGAACGAUCUCUUUCGUCUAGUAAGCGACGUGCGCCGCCGAGUCGAGUACGAAGUGACAUUUGAAGGGCAUGAACGACGCAUAAACUUCUUGUCGACGCUCCUCCCUCCCACAUCGGAGACGCUCCACCACGUCCUGACCCAGGGCGGCAUUCCUGCCCACAUCCUCAACGCACUCGACCCGAAGUUUGAUUCCCUGCUCGCUGAGACGCGAACACACGUUGUUUCUGCUUCGUUCGAGCACGUCCUGGAAGCCUGCCUCGACCAAGCGACCGAGACGCUCUUUUCCGGGCUACGGAAAAACAUCUUUGGUGGCGCCUCAGGCCCCAUCAACUUCGAGGAGAAUGACGAGGAGGCGCGCGAGAGGCUGGCGGCGAUGCUGCCAGGCCUCUCGAGGUGGUGUCAUUUGGCGUUGGAGGGCCUACCGAAUGAGCUGGUGGACAAUCUAUCGAGUCUCAGGGAGACCACAGCAUUCUCUGCUAUCAUCUAUUCUAGUUAUGAGGACCGCUUCUCAUAAUGAUCAUAUCUUAUGUGCUAGUCUCGCUUGCAAUGAGUGAUGGGUUUGCAGCAGCCCGAUCCUUAAUCCAGGACGCGGGGUUCCCUCCCCUCGGUGAGCGCCUCAACCUCCUUCAGUGACCCUGAUCUUCGUAGCCAAUAACCUUCAAGAUGAACGUGAGCUUUCAUACACGCUUCCAAAUUGCUAUCGCUGUCUUUCUUUCCUACGCCAGCUUCAUCAGCUUCU